GCGCGCUCCCCGCGUUGCGUGUUGACAUCAGAGUCGAAACGUGCAGCGUUGAAUUUGUGCGUGUGUCGCUCGCCGUGCCACGACUCGCCGUUUUCUUGUCCAUCUUGAGAAGGGGAGCAGAUGCAGUCCGCCGUGCUGUCAUAAAGGCCCCCUUUCGUGCACGUCUGCACGAGUCUCUCUCGCCUCCUGCGCGCCGUCGGGGCCUUAAGGCGCUGCGCCUGCAGACUGAGCGGGGUAAGAUCUCGCGAGAGCUCCGGCGUAGCUUUGGCUGGCCGUGGCUUUGCACCAGACAGAGGGAGAAGGCAGGCAGGCAGCAUCAUGGCGGACAGAGACAGUGGAAGUGAGCAGGGAGGAGCACCAACGGGCCCAGGCUUCGGUUCCAUGCACCUAGCGACAGGAGGGGCGGGCUCGGCUUCCGGGCUUCAGCAUGAGACGCAAGAGCUGGCGUCGAAGAGGGUUGACAUCCAAAACAAACGCUUCUAUUUGGACGUUAAGCAGAACGCGAAAGGCCGCUUCUUAAAGAUAGCCGAAGUCGGGGCCGGUGGAAACAAGAGCCGCCUCACUCUCUCCAUGUCCGUGGCGGUCGAGUUCCGAGACUACUUGGGGGACUUCAUCGAACAUUAUGCCCAGCUGGGUCCUAGCAACCCGGGAAUGGUACAAGACGAACCCAGGCGAGCGCUCAAAAGCGAGUUCCUGGUCCGAGAGAAUCGGAAAUACUACAUGGAUCUGAAAGAGAACCAGAGAGGACGGUUUCUGAGGAUUCGACAGACCGUUAACCGGGGGCCCGGUUUGGGAUCCACGCAAGGCCAGACUAUUGCUCUGCCUGCCCAGGGACUAAUUGAGUUUCGCGACGCUUUGGCCAAACUUAUUGACGAUUACGGUGUGGAGGACGAACCUGCAGAGUUGCCCGAAGGGUCGUCGUUGACUGUGGACAACAAACGCUUUUUCUUCGACGUGGGAUCCAAUAAAUACGGUGUGUUUAUGAGGGUAAGCGAGGUGAAGCCAACCUACCGCAACUCAAUCACGGUGCCCUACAAAGUGUGGUCCAAAUUUGGGAAUACUUUCAGUAAAUACGCCGAGGAGAUGAAGAAGAUCCAGGAGAAACAGCGGGAGAAAAGGGCAUGCGAGCUGCAGCAGCAAGAGGAGAUGCAGGCGGACGAUGGAGACGAAGAUUGAUAUAGAGAGCAAAAGAGAAACAUGCAAGAGUAAUGAAAAUAACAAGAGAAUUAUAAUUAAAACUCUACUGUAUAAAGAAAGAAAUCUAAAGAUUUAACUGUAAUGGUUUUAACUCCAAGGGAGCAUCACUCUCAAUAUAAGAAACCUCCACAACCUGACAGUUACGACAUGUUGUCACUCAUCGCUGGAUGUUACUCCACUUAUCACCAUUAAUACAGUUAACAGGCUGCUAAACAAAGUAAUAACAUUAUAUUUGAACAUUGUUUCCUACUUGACAAACAAUAUUGAACUGAGUGUUUAUUUCCCUUAUUAACAGAGAACUUUUGUACCAGUUAAAGCUAUUGUUAAAAAAAAAAAGUGUUUGCAAUGUUCAAAUGGAAUUAUUGCAGAGUUCAGAGGAGAAAAGAAGUUUCCUUUACAUGUGAGCAAAACGACUUCAGCACAAAUCAGAUAUUAUAAUUUUUAAACCAAAAUUCAAAAAGUUUAUAACAGGUUGUCACAUGUACUUGCCAUCCUAUUUACCUUUACCUGUGACUAGAAAUGUGUUUACACAUGAAAUCAUAUGAGGGCUAGGCCUGCUUUGGAAACUGUUUAGAUGUCAUGCAGUAUAAAAAAGGAAUAUAUAGGCAUUUUCAUGAAAUGAAAUAAGUGCUAUUUUUGUUGUGCAAUAUGCAUUGCAUAAAAAAAUCAAUUAUAUUUAACUGGUCAAUGGAUCCUGACAUGACGACUUUUGCCAGAGGCAUUCAAAGAAAUAUUAAUAUUGUAAUUUUCUGUUUCAGUUGAAAUUGUUGCCAUGCAGAUGGAUAUAUUAUAGACUACCUUUGUGUCUCGUUGUUAAUGCAAUGUGUUCAUUUUAAAGGUACUAAGUGUGUAUUUGAUAGAGGAAAUGCAGUGACGACAUGUAGCAAAUGGCCGGAACCGCAGAGGAUCUAACGAGACAAACGCCCCACAGGUACUGGCUCACGUGGCGUAGGCUAAUUCGGAGGAGUGCCAUUGGUUAGUGUAUCUGAAACAGCAGCAUUUCGUGAUCUUGUUUAGUCAUAAGUCUAAAUGGUGCCAAGGAGAGCUGUUGCUGCAUGUAAACCUGCACUAUGUUAGAUUUCGUUGGUCUCCCAAAAUACGGCUCCAGGACCCUUCCAUAUGUAUCUUUAUCUGCCUGUAUUGUACAGAUCUCAAGUUUGAGUACUGAGUGAUUUCCAUCCAAAGGCUUGGGUGUAGUUAUUGUGGAAGUUGUUUCAAAAGCACGAUUGUAAAAGGAGUGACCGUGUAAACAGUAAUCAAAAUAUCACCGUCGAAUUAUGAAGGGGGCCACUGAGGAGCAGGCGUUGCUACGGCGAUGAAGGUUGGGCUCCCUUCGGAGUAUGUCACCAGAUGUGCUCGACCCCACGAGUUGUGAGAUCAGGAGGGGCCAAGUGCCGUGGGGCUAUUGUGAAUGCACAUUUACAGCUCUUCUUUAGAUUUGGACACCCAAAUAUCUACCUUGGGGUGAUGAGAUUCUGUUUAGGUCUAAUUGUAAAUAUUUGGGCUGCCACACGGAAAACAACUGGUUGUAAUCCAGUUCAGUCGCAUCUCAUAGAUGUGUGAUAGCAGUUUUAUAAACUCUGUCAGUAAACUCCAGAGAAACUGGCAACAAUCAGAUUUAUGUCAGAUUUACCUCAGCGUUAAAUUAAGUAAUUGCUCCCAUGUUUAGAUUGACUGGAAACCAGCAAACUAGACUGUCCUUGACCACCUAUUUUUGGAGCCUCUGGUAUAGCCUAAAUUAUACCUGAUUUGGAGCAUCCUCUUCAGCAUAUAAACAACCUGGUGCCUUACACACUCCACAUGCUUACACGCUGGCUGGUGCUUUGGAUCGCAGUUUGGCUUCUUUCUCUCUCUUCUUUUUCUCUUUUUUUUGUCGUUUUUCUUCAGCUUUCUUUCUUCCAUGUCUGUGUUUCAGGCCCCUUGUGUGCUAGCGCACGACUCGUGGUGCUAAAAGGGUUAGGUAAAAACCCUUUAACAAAAAAAAAAAAAAACAGGAGCAGAUUUCUUAACUUUGUUCUGCUGCCUUCCUUCCCCCCCCCACUUUCAUUGCCAUCCCCAUUCCCCAGCCAUCCAGGUAUCGGCCUACAUGUAAACAUGGAAGGGGGUGGUCACCUAGAUGCAAGACGAUGCAGAGGAGUGGGCUCUUCACUAGCCAAACGUGUAGUCAGGGAGAGGAAGGGCUAGUUGGGAACAUCAGUAGUGGCCUCACAUGAAAAGAGUUGCUGGUAAGCCUCCCUCGAACUGUUCAUUCUCUGGCUAGGGCAGUUAGGUUUAAGUUGUAAGUCGCUCGAUUAAUGGGGAGUAGCAAGCAUGUCUUGUUUCUCUUUUAUGUUUUUAUUUACAAAUGUAGUUCUACCUUUUGCGUUAUUCCACAUUAUUUGUAAUUUUGGAAAGUGUUCGCCCACAAAAAAUAUAUCUGUUUUUUUUCUGUGCAACAUUUCAUCACUGUGUGCAAUAUCGUAUGUGCCAAUGAUGGCAAUAUAUGUAUAUCAAUUAAAUAUAUGAUUACUAUUUGAAAGCACGUGACUAAAUACCAUGUUUUCGGGGAGUUAUUUAGUUGUUUUUCUUUUGUUUCUCAUGAAGGAGUUGUACGCUUUUGUUUGCACUUAAAGUCCCAACCUGGAGGAAAACAUGGCUAACCAAGGUCUUAGCAGCCUGCAGUUCACAUAUGUACUUUAACUUGAAACAGAACUUUUUCACUGCAAGUAUUCCUCUCUUAAAGAAAAGGGUCAGCUUGGCUUAUGGUUUGUUGAAGGUAGGCUGUAAACAGACAAUGGAGUUUUGUGUGGAUAAGAAAAAAAAAAAAAAAGAUAUCUCCAUUUUAGCUUUAAGCUAAGAAAAGGUGCUUCAGUCCAAUUCUCAUUAAAGUGUAUGGUGAACUGUCUUCAAUGGUUGUUGUGUGUAGCACUUUGCUUUCCAGGUUGAUGAAAUGCCUGACCAAUACUUGUUUAAAAAUUAUCUCAAAGAAUGUCGUUCUCUCGUCAUGUCGCCUCUUUUUUUUUUUCCCUUUUUUUUUUUUUUAAAGAGGUUAUUUGAUUUGCUUAUUUGGUUUUGAUGCAUUGAAUAUAAUUUAUGUACAUUUGACAAAUUUUAAAAAUAAAUUUAAUUUACCCAUUGAG